AUGACUGAUGAUACACCACUUAAAGCUGCAUGCGAGAGUGGACAUCUGAAUGUUGUAAAGGAGCUGAUAGAGGCAGGGGCUGAUGUUAAUUCACACGAAGAAUAUGGAACGCCAUUGACUCUUGCAUGUAAGUAUGGAUAUAUGACGAUCGUAAAGGAGCUGCUAAGGGCAGGUGCUAAUAUUAAUCCACUAACUGAGUUUGAUACACCACUUACAUGUGCAUGUAAAAAUGGACAUGUGGAUUUAGUGAAUGAUCUGUUGGGGGCAGGUGCUAAUGUCAAUUACCAAGGUAAACGUAAAACACCACUGAUAGCGGCGUGUAGGGGUGGACAUCUGAAUGUAGUAAAGGAGCUGCUAAGGACAGGAGCCGAAGUUAAUCUAAACGGUGAGUUUGCUACACCACUGACAACGGCAUGUAAAUGUGGACAUAUAAAUUUAGUGAGGGAGCUGCUAGGGAAAGGGGCUGAUGUAAAUCCAGAAGGUGUAUUUGAUUCACCGCUGAUAGAAGCAUGUAGGGGUGGAUAUUUUGUUGAACUUUUUGGUAUAGAUGCAUCUAAGGGCGAAUAUUUUUGUUUAGUGAAGGAGUUACUUUGGGCAGGUCCUGAUGUAAAUCGACAAGAUGAAUUUGAUACACCAUUAACAGCAGCAUGUGGGGGUGGACAUAUGAGUAUAGUGAAGGAGCUGCUCGGUGCCGGAGCUGAUGUUAAUCUACAAGGUAAAGAUGAUACUCCGUUGACAGCAGCAUGUAAUUUUGGAGAUGAGAGUAUAGUGAAGGAAUUAAUCGGGGCUGGAGCUGAUGUGAAUUUAAAAGGUGAUAAUGAUACGCCGUUGACAGCAGCAUGUACGGGUGGACAUGAGAGUAUUGUGAAUGAGCUGCUAAUGGCAGGGGCUCAUGUUAAUUCACACAGUGAACUUACUACACCGCUUACAGCAGCAAUUAAUGGUGGAUAUGUGAAUUUAGUUGAGGAACUGAUAAAGAUAGGGGCCGAUGUUAAUCUACACAAUAAUAUUGAUAUACCUCUGAUAGCAGCAAUUAAUGGUGGAUAUAUAAGUAUAAUGACGGACCUGAUAAAAGCAGGGGCUAAUGUUAACGUUGAGGGUGGGUUUAAGAAACCGCUGACUGAAGCAUGUAAAGGUGGACAUUUGAGCGCAGUAAAGCAGCUGCUAGAGGCAGGAGCUGAUGUUAAUCUGAAAAGUGAGCUUCAUACACCACUUAUAUCAGCAUGUCGUGGUGGAUAUUUGAGUAUAGUAAAUGAAUUGCUAAAGGCAGGAGCAGCUGUCAAUCUACAAGGAGAUGAUGAUUCACCACUGACAGCAGCAUCUGAAAAAGGACAUAUAGAUAUAGUGAAAGAGCUGCUUAAGGCAAGAGCUGACAUCAAUUCAAAAGGCCAAUUUUAUAAACUACCGAUAAGAGUAAAUGAAGACAUUUAUAUGAGUUUAAGAAAGAAGUGUCUUGAGGCAGGAUCGGAUUUCAUUCUGAAAUAUGCAUAUUAUAAACCAUUGAUUGCAGCAUGUGACGUUGGAAAGCUAUUAAAGGCAGGAGCUGAUGUUAAUCCACAAGGUCGACGUGAUACACCACUGAAAGCAGCAUGUCGUGGUGGACAUCUGAAUGUAGUUAAAGAGCUGCUAAAAACAGGGGCUGAUGUCAAUCAGCAUGUUUUUGAUGAUACAGCACUGACAGACGUAUGUGAAGGUGGACAUCUGAAUGUAGUAAAGGAGUUGCUAAGGACAGGAGCCGAUGUUAAUCAACAAUGUAAAAGUGCCACACCAUUAUCAGCAGCGUGUGGUAGUGGACAUAUCAGUGUUGUAAGCGAGUUGUUAGAGGCAGGGGCUGAUGUCAAUCUACCAGAUAGGUGUGAUACACCACUGAUUGCAGCGUGUGGUCGUGGACAUGUGAGUGUAGUAAAUGAGUUACUACAGAAAGGGGCUGAUGUCAAUUUAAAAGGUGAAUAUGAUACACCACUGACAGCAGCAUAUAUAAGACACAGUGACGUCAUGACUGAUAGUAAGGAUGACGUAGUGGUGACACGGAGAAGAGUGUGGCGUAUGGAGACACUGGGAGAAUUACAUAUUGCAGUCCUAGAAAGUGAGUGUAAGGUUCUAAAACAUCUUUUAGAUAUGGGUCUUGAUGUCAAUCAGGUGAUACAGUCCUAUGAUGAGUUUGAAGUGAGACCCCUGUUGAAAGCAGUGAUUGAUAUGUCUUUCAAACAUCGUUUGAAUAGGGUGAGGUUCCUCCUGGAGUCGGGGGCGGAUGUCAAUUUCAGAGUGAGGUACGAAGAUUAUGAUUCUGUGGUAGACAAAGAGGGUGUGUCUGUUCUAGAGUGGAUACGACGAAGAAUGAUUGAGUACAGUAAGAAUUAG